AUGAAGUUCCAGUACAAAGAAGACAACGUUUUCGAGAAAAGGAAGACUGAGGGCGAGAAAAUCCGGAAGAAGUAUCCUGACAGGGUCCCGGUGAUCGUUGAGAAGGCACCUAAAUCGCGUAUCGGCGAGCUCGACAAGAAAAAGUACCUGGUACCCUCCGACCUGACGGUCGGCCAGUUCUAUUUCCUCAUCAGAAAGCGCGUCCACUUACGUCCCGAAGACGCCCUGUUCUUUUUCGUCAACAACGUCAUUCCACCAACCAGUGCCACAAUGGGAUCAUUGUAUAAUGAUCACCGCGAAGAAGAUUACUUCUUGUACAUUGCGUACAGCGAUGAAAAUGUCUAUGGACGAGUGUAA